GCAAUGUAGAUAUAGGUAGUGAGAUGAGGAAGAACAGAAUUACACUGUAAAAUAACAUGACAAGCAGGAAGAGAUUUUAUUUGCUUACCUUUACAAACUGAAUGUCUGAGUGAUGAUGAAUAUGUGGACCUUUCUUCUGCUGAACUUGGCUUUUUGCUCUCCAUCGCCAGUGCCUUUACUAAAUGGAACUGUCAUUGAGAGAGAAUGGAAGGAUAUUCCUGAAAUAAACAAAGGUUUACAUCUUAAAGAGGGAGACAUCAUGGUGCCAAAGGAAAGGAGUACAAUUUUGGGAGAUCAAUACCGCUGGCAAAUCCCUGUCCCCUAUGUGCUGAGUUCUAAUCUGAAUAUAAACUAUAGAGGAGUUAUACUGAGGGCCUUUGAACAGUUCAGACUGAAAUCAUGUAUUGACUUUAAGCCUAGGACAACAGAAGAUUAUUACAUUUCUGUAGAGAGGCUUGAAGGGUGUUGGUCAUAUAUCGGGCGAACAUUUUUCCAGGGCCAAAAAAUUUCCAUUGGGGAUGGCUGUGGAAUAAUAGCAAUUGUUGAGCAUGAGUUUCUCCAUGCACUGGGAUUUUAUCAUGAGCAAUCAAGAUAUGACAGAGAUGAUUAUGUGACAAUCAAUUAUGAAAACAUCAUUGAAGUGCAAAAAAGCAAUUUCGAUAAACACAGUGAGAAUGUGACAAGCCUCCAAGGUACCCCAUAUGACUACAUGUCUGUGAUGCAUUAUGAUAAAAACGCCUUCAGCAAUGGCAAUGGAUCCACAAUCAUUACAAAGCGUCCUGAGUUUCAAGAUGUGAUUGGUCAGCGUAUCGACAUGAGUGAAUAUGAUGCUUUUGAGCUCAAUAAACUCUACAGUUGCAAUUCGUCCACCUCUUUCCUUGAUCACUGUAGUUUUGAUGACGACUCUCUGUGUCAUAUGAAUGUUUGUCCUUCAACUGAACCCGGAUGGCAGAGAGUGAGUUCAGUGACAGGCGUCAAUGUGACUGAUCACACCUACUUGGGCAAAGAGGCAAACGGGACCUCUUCCUUCAUGCACUUCAGUCUGGUGGGCAGAAAUGAGGGCGACUCAGCUAGACUGGAGAGCAGAGAAAUGACACCGACAAGAGAUUGUAAAGUUCAAUGCGUCCAGUUUUAUUACUUUCACAGUGGCAAUGUAAACGACCAGCUUAACAUCUGGAUCAGGGAAUACCAGGAUGCAGCUGACAGCACAGGAACUUUGAGACUUAUGGAUCAGAUCACAGGAACCCCUGAUUACUACUGGCGGCUGCACCAUGUGACACUAAAUGCGUAUAAAAACUUUCAAGUCGUAUUUGAAGCUAAUAAAGGAGCUGGAAACUCCAGUGGAGGCUUUUCAUUGGAUGAUAUCAAUAUUUCACAGACGGAGUGCCCUCAAAUAUGGCAGAUAAGGAAUAUUGAGAACCUAUUGAACAACGAAUUCACUACCUCCAAUAGUCCACUGUACUCUAGUGAAGGUUAUCGCUAUCAGGUUUUCUUGUACAACUAUCCAUCUUACCUUUAUUUGAGUUUUCGUCUAGUAUCCGGUGAGUUUGAUAAGCAGCUGCAGUGGCCUUGUGCAUGGAGACAAGUGACCUUACAGAUUCUUGACCAGAAUCCACACAUACAGAAGCGCAUGUCCAUUGAGCAGAGCUUCACCACUGACCUAUCUUUGACUUAUGAUAACAUGUAUGUGUGGGACAAUCCUCGAAACAAUGGAACUCUAACCACCAUUGGAAAUGAGACUGUAUAUGUGGGUCCUAAUGUAUACAGUUUGUUUGACAUAACUGACCUCAAUAAAAGAGAUUUCAUCAAGGGUGGUGACAUCAUAGUUCUUAUUAGUAUGCAAGAUAUCUCAGGGCUGCAUCAGAAUAAUUCUGUACCCUGCCCGAAUGUAAAAGUGAAGAACAUCAAUGCUACUUCUUAUGUAAGUGCCAGUCAAGGACCCUGCAUUUCCAGGGGGGGAGUCACUGACGGACAAGAAACUGAUGUGAUAUGGAAUACCAGCUCCAGGGUCAGGAGUCUUCCAUCCUCUCUGAUCCUCUUACUGGGUUGUCUUUUGCUGCUGAAGUAAUGAGAAAUAACUGCUGUGAGAGUUAUAUGACUUCACACAAAUUCAGAUUUAAAACAGUUCAUCUUUGUUCAUAUAUGUAUACCUAAAUGCAUGAAAAGAAACAAGUAACAUUUAAUCCAAUGUUCCUUUCAAUGCUUGAUUUUACUGUGCAAUAUCCUAUUCUAAACCUAAACCAUGAGAAAUUAUAUAUUAUAUAUUGUUGGAGAGGUCUAAGAUUCCAUAACAAAUAUUUGACCAGUGUUUUAUGAUAUAAAUUAUGUAGAUAAAGUAAUGUAGUAAACAGCAUUAAACGAGGCAUUCUAGAGCCCCAAGCUGUAUGGCAGGGCCCCUCUCCAACUGCAAGGUUUAAAAAGGUUUGCUUGUGAUGUAAUGUUAAUCUUAGCUAAGCUUAUAUAGUUAUCAAUAUAUUGUCAUGAAAGAUUAUUUGACAUUUCAUUUUCACUAUAAUCUUGUGCCAACAUUGACAAUUUUAAAAUGAAAAGGCAAAGUUGAAAAGGAAUCUUCAAAUAAAUUUUUAAAGGCUUUUUAUUAAUGGCCACACAAUGAUAGUGACAAAAUCUAAUUAAAAUGUAAAGUUCAGUUUUAAUUUUAUGUUCUUUUUUAUUUCAUGGUUUUUAUUUUCAACUUAUAUGCUAAUUAUAUGUUAAUCAGUGGGUGAGGUUUAUCUGCUCAUGUCAAAGAGACUGUCUACCUUUCGCAUCUUUGUGCAUGCAAAUAUGUUAUUUUGAAUGUAGACGCAUAUCAAGCAUGCUUAAGACCCUGCAGCCAGUUGAAAAUAACUGUUACUUCAACUUUGGCAGAUUUCUUUCUUCAAAUUUACCAUUUAAUUUGAAUAUUGGCAAUCCUGAAGAUUACAGUAAAAAUGAAAUGUCAAAUUAUCAAUCGGAUUUUAUUUUUAUUUUUGACAAGGAAGAUGCAU